AUGAGCAAACAUUACAGUAGAACCAAUGACAAUGCAAUAGCCCAAGAAGGUGAUCCAGGUGUUCGGGGUCAUGCUGGUCGACCGGGUGCAGUCGGUCCUCGUGGGCCACCAGGAGCACCUGGUCCGGAAGGUGUACGCGGUAUUCCAGGUAUUCCCGGUGACCCAGGUCCCAAGGGUAUUGCUGGUGACAAAGGUAUUCCCGGCGUGCCUGGCGUCGACGGUCUGAAGGGUGCUGCCGGCAUCAAAGGUCCAAAAGGUUAUCCGGGAGACGAAGGAUGCUGUGGUGCAAAAGGACCAAAAGGUUUGAAGGGAACACCCGGAGGUUACGGAUACGAUGGACUCUUAGGUGAUAAAGGUUUUAAAGGUCAAAAGGGUGAUAAAGGUGAACCGGCACCUUUCGACAGCGAGGCUGGAAUGGGUCAACCAGGUCCGAAAGGUGAGCCCGGCAUGCCAGGACCAAAAGGUGCCCGUGGCCAAAUGGGUGCCAAAGGUGAACGGGGUCCACACGGUCCAAAAGGUUACGAGGGUCCCAAAGGCGAACGUGGUGAUAUGGGUCUGAAGGGUCCCAAAGGUGAAACGCCACAACCGAUUGUCCCUCCCUAUCCGGACAAAGGAAGCAAAGGUAUGAAAGGUGAAAAAGGCACAUCGUACGACGAGACACCACUUAAAGGUCAAAUUAUUGGCAAAAAGGGUAUUGCUGGUCUGCCUGGCUUACGUGGUGAUCCGGGAGAUGCUGGUGAAAAAGGAUAUCGCGUGAGUUAA